GUGUUGGCAGGUUUGAUUUCUUCUGAUACCUCUCUCCUUGGCUUGCAGGUAACUUGGCCCAGACAAGAGCCAGGAUAACAGCAGCCUCAAGAUCUUUGCCUCCACAUUUCAGUGCUGGGAGAACCAAAGUGGACACUCUGGAGGUGAUACGACAUCCCGAAGAAACCACCAACAUGAAGAGGCAGACCAUGGCUUCUUACUUCCGGUAUUCUCUGAUGGAUCUGCUCUCCAAAAUGGUGAUCGGACAGCCCCACUUUGUGCGCUGCAUUAAACCCAAUGAUGACCGAGAGGCCCUGAAGUUCUCCCGAGAGAGUGUGCUGGCCCAGCUCCGCUCCACAGGGAUCCUGGAGACAGUCAGCAUCCGCAGGCAGGGCUAUUCCCAUCGCAUCCUCUUUGCAGAGUUUGUGAAAAGGUCAGGCCAGCAUCUUGGGAAAUGCAUUCUGUUAAAUAUAGCUGUCCUGUGGCUAUCCCUAUCCCCUGGGACUGCUCCUCCUGCUUGUUUGCCUCCUAACAUGUAACCGGCUAGUUACCAGCUACCAUUUACUUGCUGAAAUGUUGCAUUUUUAUUGUGCUCCAUCUAAAUUGUUGUGCUCUGGAAGACAGGGUACGCACACUUCUGACCACUUUUUAAAAA